AGCUCCCAUGAAGCACAAAGAAGGUGGAAUUUCACCAACAAGUGAGGAUCUUCAUUCAUAUCGUUCAGCAGAGUCCAGCCUCUGAGUUCAUCAGCAGCAAUGUCUGAAGGAACGCAGCUGAGGAGGAGAGGUGGACCUUAUAAAACGGACCCAGCCACAGACCUGACCCGCUGGAGGCUGACUAAUGUGGAGGGCCGGCAGACCUGGAGCUAUGUGGAAGAUCAUGAGACCCCCGACAGAGAGCAGACCAUGCUGGAAGUUCAUUCUCUGGGCCUGGACACCAGCAAAUUUGUGUCCGACUCCCCGGCCUCUGGAGCUGCUGUAGAUGCUGCUGCUAAAGGCAUGAACUUCUACAGAAGCCUCCAGGCUGAGGACGGUCACUGGGCGGGGGACUACGGUGGACCUCUCUUCCUGCUCCCAGGUCUCCUUAUCACGUGUCAUGUAGCUAAGAUCCCUCUGCCAGAAGCCUGGAGGAAGGAGAUGGUGAGGUACCUGCGCUCGGUUCAGCUGCCAGACGGAGGCUGGGGUCUACAUGUUGAAGAUAAAUCCACUGUUUUUGGAACGGCGCUGAGCUACACGUCUCUGAGGAUCCUGGGAGUGGAUCCUGAUGAUCCAGAUUUGGUCCGUGCUCGGAACAACCUGCACCGCAAAGGUGGCGCCGUGGGGAUCCCAUCGUGGGGUAAAUUCUGGUUGGCCAUUUUAAACGUCUACAGCUGGGAGGGACUGAACACAUUACUGCCAGAGAUGUGGCUGUUCCCCACCUGGAUGCCAGCCCACCCAUCAACACUGUGGUGUCACUGUCGCCAGGUCUACCUGCCUAUGAGCUACUGUUACGCUGUCAGACUGUCGGCGGAGGAAGACCCCCUGAUUCUCAGCCUCAGACAGGAGCUGUAUGUGCAGAACUACGGAACCAUUAACUGGACCGCUCAGAGGAACAACGUGGCUGCCUGUGACCUGUACACUCCUCACAGCACUCUGCUCUCUGUCGCCUACAUGGUGUUGAACCUGUAUGAAGCCCACCACAGCAGCACACUGAGGAAGAUGGCCAUCAGAGAGCUGUACGACCACAUCCAGGCUGACGACCGCUUCACUAAAUGCAUCAGCAUCGGACCGAUCUCCAAGACCAUCAACAUGCUGGUUCGCUGGUACGUGGACGGUCCCACGUCUGCAGUUUUUCAGGAGCACGUGUCCAGGAUCCCAGACUACCUGUGGCUGGGAUUGGAUGGUAUGAAAAUGCAGGGAACAAACGGAUCUCAGCUCUGGGACACGUGUUUCGCUGUUCAGGCGUUUCUUGAGGCUGGAGCCCAGGAUGACCCCAAGCUGCUCGUGUGUCUUCAUGAAGCCCAUGAGUUUCUCAGGAUCACUCAGAUACCUGAGAAUCCACCUGAAUACCAGAAAUACUACAGACAGAUGAACAAGGGCGGCUUCCCCUUCAGCACCCGUGACUGUGGUUGGAUCGUGGCCGACUGCACAGCUGAAGGUCUGAAGUCAUUGAUGCUGCUGCAGGAGCUCUGUCCCUCCAUCAGACAGCCAAUCACCUCACAGCGUUUAUAUGAUGCCGUCAAUGUGCUGCUGAGCAUGAAGAACAGAGACGGUGGAUUUGCCACAUAUGAAACUAAAAGAGGAGGAAGACUCCUGGAGCUGCUGAACCCCUCUGAGGUGUUUGGUGACAUCAUGAUAGACUACACGUAUGUGGAGUGCACCUCUGCAGCCAUGCAGGCUUUGAGGCACUUCCAGAAGGUUCAUCCUGAUCACCGCACUGAAGAGAUAAGGUCCACUCUUAGAGAAGGUGUUGAGUACUGCAGGAGGGUGCAGAGGACUGAUGGAUCCUGGGAAGGAUCCUGGGGAGUUUGCUUCACAUACGGAACGUGGUUUGGUCUUGAAGCCUUCGCUUGUAUGGGUCACACCUACAAGAGCAAAGAUGUGCCGGUUGAGGUGCAGAAAGCCUGUUGGUUCCUGCUGGAGCACCAGAUGUCCGAUGGAGGCUGGGGGGAGGACUUUGAGUCGUGUGAGCAGCGGCGCUACGUCCAGAGCAGCGCUGCUCAGAUCCACAACACCUGCUGGGCUUUAUUAGGACUCAUGGCCGUUAGACAUCCUGACCAUCAGGCCAUUGAGAGAGGAGUUCAGCUGUUGAUUGAUAAGCAGCUUCUCAAUGGAGACUGGCCUCAGGAAAACAUUUCUGGUGUGUUCAACAAGAGCUGUGCCAUCAGUUACACCUCCUACAGAAACGUCUUCCCGAUCUGGACCCUGGGACGCUUCUCCAAGCUUUAUCCCAGCAGUCCGCUGGCUGGGAAGCUGAAGCUGUGACCGCCUGCAGAUUAACAUCUGACCACAUUCAGACGUUUUCUUUCAUAGUCCAUUAGGACAUUUUUAUGGUUAGGGUUGUACCAGAUAUUACAGUGAUCAGUCAGAGUCACUGAUAUUAGUGGAAAGGAAGACGAUCCAUAAACCAGUUCCUUAUGUGCCAGAUGCUGCCAAAACAAGACAGAGUCUCUGAUGCCCGGGUCCUCAGGAGGUCUCUGUUCCUUCGUUUACUGUUUAUCACAGCAAUUAUUAAAAAUAAUUAUUAUUUUAGCUUCAGUUUUAUAGCUGAAGUUUCCCCACAGCUUUAAUGGUUUGUUCCAUUUACCCUGGAAGGAAACUGGGAAUGAUGUCAGUCAGCCAGUAUGGUGGAAGUCCUGUGAUCAUGCUAACGCUAAUAUCUAAUGUCUAAUAACAAUGUUUAAUUGCAUUUAUGAAUCUAAACACUGCAACAACAUGAUUACCAACAGAUGCUUUACAGUGUGAAGUAACUAUGUGCCUUAUUUUAUUAAAUCAGUCAGAAGUCUAAUAAACUACAGGUCCUUCUCAAAAUAUUA